GCCUCUUCGUACGCACGCUCGCUUCAACGACGCUCACGCGAUUAAUAUUCUGUUUAUAUUGACACGUGGUCCGUUUAGCUGUCUGUCCGUGUCGUAAUAAACAUUGUAUAUACCUAUAUUAUGUAAAUAUAACAAUAGUGUAGUGUAGUUAGUAAGUAAGUUUUUUGUAGAUAAAAUGUGAUUAUAGAUAUUUGCAACUUGUUUUCUGGAUUUGUGGUUUUUGUGCAAGUGUUGUGAUGGCAUUUUUAGUGUUGUUGAGGCGGUGCAGGCUAGUGUGGAUGUGGACGGUGGUCCUGGUUGCUAUGGCAACUAGCGCCAUGGGACGAGCCUUCGUGGAGACAGAGGAGUUCAUCAGUGAUCUGGACAUGCCAAUACCCACGGCGCACGUGGCGGGGGUGCUGGGCAAGAAGGCGGCGUUGCCGUGCGACACGCAGCCGCUGGCGCGCGACGACCGCGUCGCCAUGGUGCUGUGGUUCAAGGAGGCGGACUGGGAACCGCUCUACAGUUACGACGUGCGAGGCCGCUCCGCCAGCCAGCCAAAGCUGUGGUCUUCACCGACGGGCUUCGGCGCACGAGCCUUCUUCCGCGCGUCGGCUGCACCGUCGGCGCUGCUGGUGGACAGCGUGGGCGGCGCCGACACCGGCGUGUACCGCUGCCGCGUCGACUUCAAGAACUCGCCCACCAGGAACUUAAGGAUUAACUUCACUGUUAUUACUCCACCCAAUCGGCCAGUCAUCAUGGACGCGAAGACCAGAGACGUGACCAGGCUACUGGAGCCCUAUGAUGAAGGCGACACCCUGGAACUGCUGUGUGAGGUAUAUGGGGGUGACCCCCGUCCAGCCUUGGUGUGGUACCUCGAGAACACGGUGAUAGAUGACUCAUUCGAGCAGAAGUCAGACGGUGUGACCGUAAACACCCUCACCUUCCCCAGCGUGGGGCGCCAGCACCUCAACGCGCGCCUCGUCUGCCAAGCCUCCAACACCAACCUGGCGCCGCCGCAGACCAAGCUCCUCAUACUGGAUAUCAACCUAAGGCCACUGACGGUGCAGAUCCUGAGCAAGAGCCGCCAGCUGUCGGCCGACCGCAGCCACGAGGUGGAGUGUCGCAGCAGCGGCUCGAGACCCGACGCGCAGCUCACCUGGUGGAAGGGGACCAAGCCUUUGAGGAAGAAAGCGAGGAAUUUUUCGGACACUAACACGACGACCAGCAUCCUGACCUUCAUCCCGGAAGCCGAAGACCACGGCAGCAACCUGGUCUGUCGCGCCGAAAACCCUCGGGUUCCCAACUCCGCUAUAGAGGAUACUUGGAGGCUGAAUGUGCAUUAUGUACCAAUGGUGACCUUGAAAAUGGGUUCAAACUUGAAUCCAGAUCACAUAAAGGAAGGAGAUGACGUGUACUUUGAAUGCAGCGUGCAAGCAAACCCCAGGGCUAACAGACUAGCUUGGUAUAAAGAAACUGUAGAAAUUCAACACAACGCAAGCUACGGCGUCAUCCUUAGCGACCAGAGCCUGGUGCUGCAGAGUGUGAACAGGACGGCGUCGGGGGACUACAGCUGCCUCGCCCACAACAGCGAGGGCGGCGCCUCCAGCAACUCCGUCACGUUACAAGUUCUAUAUGCGCCGUUGUGCAAGUCAGAGGAGGACGGACAAGUGUUCGGUGCUCUGAAGCAGGAGACCAUCGAGCUGGUCUGCUCCGUGGACUCCAACCCUCAGCCCACCAGCUUCCAGUGGACCUUCAACAGAUCUGGCGAUCAGAACGAGAUACCACCAAGUUUAUACACAACGGUGGAGCAGAAGUCAGUGCUGCGGUACACUCCAAUGGAAGAGCACGACUUCGGCUCGCUCUCCUGUGUCGCCACCAACUCGGUCGGCAAGCAGGACGUUCCUUGUACCUUCAACUUAGUAGCCGCUGGCAGACCAGCCCCGCUGCAGAACUGCUCCGUGCUGAACCAGAGUGCCGGGCUGCGGGUGGAGUGCUCCGAAGGCUUCGACGGCGGCCUGCCGCAGCUGUUCCUCUUGGAGCUGCUGGAACUGCCCUCUAUGAGCGUGCGAGCCAACAUCACAGCGAAUCUCACACCAAACUUCGAAGUACAGGGUGUUGAUAAGGGCAUGAGCUACAUGAUCCACCUCUACGCAGCCAACGCGAAGGGCAGAAGUGAAGUGACAACCCUGUACACUAUCGCAGUCAGAUCACCAGACAAAUAUACAGGAGCGAGCAACCCUUUCCCGCUGUCGCCGAUGAUCGCGUCGCUGCUGGCGAUGGUGGCGCUGCUGAGCGCUGCUGUGUGCGCCAUCAUCGUAGCGGUCUACCGGAGACACUUCGUGAGGCGGCACAGCAAGCAGCCACCUUCCACCAAUGCCUUGUACUCGGAAGGCAGUAUCGAUUCGUUUCCAAAGAGGGACAACCUGCCUCCAUACGCCGCAUCUCCCAAGAUGGAGUACAGCAGUCGAUACGAGCUGAAGCUGGAUGGAGAAGAGGACGACCCGGACAUAAUACCGGUGCAGUUUGAUAAAAAGCCGCUUGACGACUUCAACAAGACAAGAACAGGUAUGGAGGGAGACACUAUAAAAAUCUACAGUGACCACAGCAUACUGCCUAACAGUGGGAGCAUAUCGUUCGUUAACCGAGGAGUGACGGCGCGGGGAGCAGACAUAUCGGCCUCUAGACACGAAGUGGUCACCGCCUCCAGAAAGGUCCGCGAGAGCUGCAUAUAGGAGCUCUCCACCUACUUGUAACAUGUGUAGUUAGUGACAAAUGAACAAAUGUUUUUAUGUGAACAUAAGUGUUAUAAAAGACUUUUAAAAGUUUAGUGUAAAUGAAUAUCAUGGACAAAUUGAUAAAUGUUAAUAUUAAGUGAUAAAAAAAAAACUUUUUUUUAAAUGAACACUAAUUUUAUAUUUUUAAUAUUACUUCUUCAACUGUAAAAAGGUGGUUUUUUUAAAGAAGUCAUUUUUAAUCAGUAUUUAAAAUUACCGAGCGACAAACAAGAAGUAUAUAAUACUAGCGGACGCCCGCGACUUCGUCCGCGUAAAUUUCGAUGUCAACUUUACUACUACCCCUACCCUACCCUACCACUACCCCAACCCUACCCAACAUCUACCCUACCCCUACCCCACCCUACCCCUACCCUACCCCAAACCUACCCCUACCCUACCCCUACCUUACCUACACCCUACCCCCAUCCUACCCCUACCCUCCCCGUACCAUAUCCCUUUCCUACCCCUAUCCCACCCGUACCCCUAUCUCACGCCUAUCCUACCCUACCCUACCACUUCCCUAUCCUACCCGUACCUCUACCCUACCACUACCCUACCUCUACCAUUACCCUACCACUACCCUAAACCCGGCCCUAAACCCGGCCCUAAACCUACCCUACCCAUACACUACCCCUACGCUUCCCUACCCGUACCCUACACUACCCUGUAACUUCUCUAUCUUACUCCUACCCUUAGCAAAAUCGGUCCAGUCCUUCGAGAGUGGUGGUAUGACCAAGAGAAAUAGAGACUUCUAUGCUAAUAAUAUAAAGAGGUAAAGUUCGUGUGGUUGUAGGAGGUAAUCUCUGGAUCUACUGGACCGAUUUGGAAAAUUGUUUUACCAAUAGAAAGUUACGUUAUUUGCGAGUGUUAUAGGCUAUGUUUGAUCCCCAUAUUCACACGGGAACGGGAACUACGUAAAUUAAAGCGCCGGGCGUCAUGUAGCGGAAUUUCUGCGUCUUUUAGAAAUUUUGUAUUAUCUCCGAAACUAUUUAGGUGGUUAACAUACUGUAAAGGGCAAAUCUUAUCUCCAUAAUAUCCUUGUGAUUAUUAAAUAGUUUAUUUUAAUAAGGAUUAAAGUUUAGUUGUAUAAAUAAUGACGUAAACCUAAGUAUAUAAAAUUAAUAAUUUUUAAAACACAAAAGGUACUAUAUCUGCUAAUAUAUAGAAAAUAGAUAUAUAGUGUCGCGGACUUUUUUGUAGAACUUUUAUAGAUACAUAAAGUCUCCAUACAUUAAUUUCGAUUUUACACAAUAGUUAAGGCAGCGCAUGCGAAUAAGUCUGUUUAAGAGGAUUUUCAGUCCGACCUGUAUGACAAAAACUGUGAUAACUCGGCUAAUAUUUAUGAUACCAAUAUAAAAUAUAGCCUAUAGCACUCCCCGAUAAUGUAGCAUUCUACUGGUGAAAGAAUUUUUUAAAUCGGACCAGUAGUUCCGAAGAUUACCCAAUUUAAAAAAUGUGACAAACUUACAAACUUACAAACUUUACCUCUUUAUAAUAUUAGUAUAGAUUUUACUAUCGUACGAUUAAAUUGCAAUGGGCGUGAACCCAUUAUUGAACGUUGCAAUAUUAUUAUUUUUAUUUAAAUAAGUACAUUACUGCAGCGGCCGGCAAGAGAAGCAUUGGUGGACGAAGAACGUCGUGAACGGACGUGAAUGUGGGCCGAGGUGAAGCCGAGGCACUCCUAAGUCCGUCAAUGCCUAGUUGCCAUUGCCAGGGCCAGGGCUUGUACAGUACUUUUCUCAAACAAUGCGCAGAAAUUUAACUAAGUUUUUUUUAUUCUUUACAAGUUAGCCCUUGACUACAAACUCACCUGAUGAUGCAGUCUAAGAUGGAAGCGAACUAACUUGUUAGGAGGAGGAUGAAAAUCCACACCACUUUCGUUUUGUACACGGCAUCGUACCAGAACGCUAAAUUACUUGGCAGUACGUCUUUGCCGGUAGGGUGGUAGCUCGCCACGUCCGAAGCCUUCCCCACCAGCCAGACCUGUACCGAUUAAGAAAAUCUCAAUCUGCCCAGCCGGGGAUUGAACCCAGGGCCUCCGUUUUGUAAAUCCACUGCGCAUAACACUGCGCCACGGAGGCCAUCAAUAAGUAUUCAGAACUUUUAUUUCAGAAUACCUUUAUUGAAUUUAAUUUUUAAAAUUGUAUUUAAAACCUUUGACGAAGUUGACGAUCAACAGCAAAUAACAAUAGUUUUUUACGCGCCAAAAUAUUUUUUUCACAAAACAGCUUUCUAUGUGCAAGUCAGUUCGAAAUUUUAAUUAAACCUUUGACAAGUUACCUCUUUGGUGGCCAUGUUGCGGAGUAGAAGAUCCAUUUUUAGAUCACACGACGGAUAUGAUUUUACAAAGUAAUUUAUUUGGUCGCUAAACACGACAGAUAUGGAUUUUCAUACAACCAUUGCCAGCCGCUGCUCGACCAGUACAGCAAGUUUGAUUUAUCUCGAAGAAGGUUGUUAAAAUAAUUCUCAAAUUUCCAAGUAUGCUUGUGAUAAUUUAUUUGUAAACUGGACCAAACCCAGUACUUGUAUUCUAGACCUCAUGAUCCGAAAGUUUACAGCCUAUCGAACUAGUUGAGUGGCGUGAAGUUUGUUAACUUAAAAAUAACACAAAGUUCGUCAAUUCUAGCUUAAAAAUCUGACGCUGUACUGGAAGUUUCUAGAAUUUUGUUUUGUAUAAUUUUACAUCUAAGUAAAGUUUUGUAACGGUACAAUUUUACGAGAUUUUAUUAUUGCAGCUAUUUUGAAAUAUUAUUUUUGUUAGCCUGUUGCUUUUCUAGUAUGAUUUUAAAUAGAAAUAUAGAUCACUAAGUUAAACGUUAGCUGUACAAACUAGCGAGCUACAAACUUUAGUUUAGCAUUUACUUUACUUGUAUUAUAAAGUGCUAGCGGACCACCGCUUAUACCUGUGUAGUUCCCGUUCCCAUGGGGAAACCAUAAUAAAAUAUGGUUGUGUUAUUCACUGAUAAUGAAGAUUUCUGAAAGAAUUUAUAAAAUCGGUUUAAUGGUUCAGGCGUUAAAACGUAACCAACAAACUUACAUUUGAAUUAAUAAUAUUAGGUCGGAUUAUUUAAUAAUAUUCCCGGGGUUCUAUAUGAUUUAAAAUUAAAGAAAACAUGCUAUAUACAUUGUCAGCUAAAAAUUCCUGACCAAAGUUUAUACUCUUUGGUCAUUUAUAAACUGUAUACAACUUGGAAAAGUGUCCUGUAUUUUAGAUUACUAGUAUCACAUAUAACAUAGAUUUCAUUCUCAAAUCAAUCAAUCCCCACUGACCUUACAGUUAUAUUAACGUUUUAAGAAUACUCGUAUUCAACCACGCUACUGUGGUCAAGUGAAAAAUCCCGGUGCUUCUCAAAAAGGUGCGAAAUUCCCUGAAUCGCAUUGGCAAACCGCCAAUCGUACCUAUCCGAGAUUCCGGAGCAAUUUCGCAACAAAACUUUGACCGUAAUCCUUACGUAAUGUUAUAAAUCCGAAAAUGCUUUUGAGAAUGUUUUUUUUAACGUGAAUAGGUACAUCAUUAAACGCUUUUCAGUAUGCAUGCAUGGAAAAUAAUUACGAAAGUGUAAAAUACUAUUAAACUUAUAGGUAACAUCUUAUUUUCUUAACUUAAAAUAAAUUUGCUAAAGUUGUGGAUAAAUUAAUAAUAAGAGACAAUAAGAGCCGUGAUAGCCUAGUGGAUAUGACCUCUGCCCCCGAUUCUGGAGGGUGUGGGUCUGGGGCAUGCACCUCCAACUUUUCAGUUGUGUGCCUAUUAAGAAAAUAAAUAUCAUGUGUCUCAAACGGUGAAGGAAAAACAUCGUGAGGAAACCUGCAUACCAGUGAUUUCCUUCAUUCUCUGCGUGUGUGAAGUCUGCCAAUCCGCAUUGGGCCAGCGUGGUGGACUAUUGGCCUAAUCCCUCUCAUUCUGAGAGGAGACUUGAGCUCAGCAUUGAGCCGAAUGAUUUGAUAAUGAUGAAUAAAUUAAAUUUAAGUUCAAGGAAUGAAGGAUGCUGUUGUAAAAGCUACUGUGUAUUUUUCAAUAAACUUGUCCUAUUAUUAUUGUUAUUACUUGACCUGACCACAAUAUCAGCACCGAUAUUAUAUCAAAGUUGACAUUUCUUGGUCAGCGUUUAAUGUGGCUUGAUCGGCUGCUUGUUGUAGCAGGUUAUAGCGACACGGGCGGCCGCGCGCUUUGAUCGCUAACGACAUAAUGGAGCACCGCACUGACAGUAACUUGACGUUAAUUUAUGCAUGCAUUAAUACUACUGAAGUGGGCAUAGGGAGUGGCUAUACACUUUCAUGUUUUAGCUCAAAAGUGGAUUACUAAAAUAAGAAAACUAAUGUCUAACAAAGGUUCACAACAUUCACAACAUUUAUCAGGACAACUUAAUAACAUAUCAAACUGUAAUCAAAAUUAGACCCUAGAAUGGCAGAGAAUGACCUUGAGUGAAGUCACGCACUUGUGAACGUUGUGUAUAAGGUUAAAGGUACCUUUGACUGCUAACAAUCACUCCCUUUUUCCACUCAAGUCAUCUCCGCCUAUUCCAAGUAACCCAUAAAGAAUUACACAACAAGAAAUGUGGACGCGGACUUUAACGCCGCUACAACUGAAGUGAUCUGAAUUAACACAUAGCCUACUUUUUAUCCCGAAAUACGCCAUGGUUUCCCGAGAUUUUCUAAAACUGAUGAUUUUAAUGAUAUGAAUGUUUCUUACUUUUUCACACCUCGACUACUGAACCGAAUUAGCUGAAAUUUGGUAUUAAGAUAUAUUACAGCUUUCAUUAACACAUAGGCUACUUUUUCCUAGAAAAAUCCAUGAUUUCCGAGGGUUUUGUGAAAAACAAAAUUCCACGCGGACGAAGUCGCUGGCGUCCGCUAGUACUGAGAAAAUCCAUGCAUAGCUCACUCCAUCCCAAGUUGAGUGUCUCAAAAAAAAGUUUGUUUCAAAGUAACUGCAAUACACAUUAUGAUGUAUAUACAUUAACAUAAGUUAUAUUUAUAAGAUAAAUUUGAAUCAAGUUGGUUGUUAAGUGAGAGUAAAUAAAAAUUGUUGAAUGAAAUUAUUUUAGGCAAUCGACUGAGGAUUUACUAGUGAUAUUGUAACGAUGAUUGUGAAUGUUUUAUUAUAAUAAUAAAAUAUUGGAAUUGUGA